UUAUAAAAUUUAGCAAACAGGUAAUUUUUCUUCUUCACUGAUGUGUGUUGAUGAGGCUGCACUGAUGGGCAUUGAUGAGGCUGCACUGAUGGGUACUGAUGAGGUGGCACUGAUCGGCGAAACUGAUGAGGAGGCACUGGUAGGUUGCACUGAUAGGCAUUGACAGGCAUCACGUGUGGGAAUUGACAGGCAUCAUGAUGUGCACUGGUAGGCACUGACAGGUGGCAUUGAUGGGGCUACACUGAUCAUCAGCGCCCUGAUGAUCAGUGUAGAUGUCCCCUCUGAGGAAUGUGGCUUAUCGGC